AUGUCUAACAUUCAACCAGAUUCUGCAUUUUUAGAUUUUUUGAAAACUGUUAGAGGAUCAAGUGAUAAUAAAAAACUACAACAAUCAUCAUCAUCAAUUAUUAUCAAAACUGAUAGAUCAUCACCUGGAGAGAAAAGAUUAGCUUCUGAAGCUAUUGAAAACAAUGAGGAAGGUUUAAAAAGAAUCAGAACUAGUUCCAGUGAAGUCAGUAAAUCCCUGGCAUUCGGUGAAGCUAUAUUUGAUAAAGAACCUUCUCAUCGUAUUGGUUUUCUUGAUUUACAAAAAUUGGAAUAUGCUGCUAAAACUCUUCAAAAAAAUGUUGCAACAAUUUUACAAUCUGCCCCAGAUUAUUAUGAAUUAUUAAAAGUAAUUAAUUCAACUGAUGUUGAUAGUUCAACAAGAAAUGAAAUUAAAACAAGUGAAUUAAUGUCAUUAGCUUCUAAAUUAAAAUCAAAACAUAAAUUGGGUCAAUUACCUAUCUUGGAUCAAAUUUUUACUAAUGAAAUUAAUGUUACUGAUGAAGAUCAAGAAGAAUUAGCUAAAAUGGAUGCUAGUAGUUCAAAAAGUGUUGUAUAUAAUGUCCCACGUAGUGCAACUGAUGAAAUUUCAAUUACUGGUAUUAAUAAUGAUUUACCACCACUUCCAAAAAUUAAUGAUGUCAGUUUAUAUGAAAAAGUAUUUGUUCAUAAAUCGGGAAUUAAUAAUAGAACUUAUUUAGGGACUGAAACAUUAGUUCAAAGACAUAAUGAAAGAUUAGAAUUUUUAGGGGAUUCUGUUUUAAAUAAUUUAGUCACAUUAAUAAUUUUUAGAAUUUUCCCAGCUUGUGAUGAAGGUCAAUUAUCAAGAAUAAGAUCAGAUUUAAUUAAUAAUAAUACUUUAAGAAAAUUAGCUUUCCAAUAUGGAUUUGAUAAAAAAUUAAGAACUAAUUUUGCCUCAGAUCCAUUAAAACCUACUGAUCUGAAAAUAUACGCUGAUGUUUUUGAAGCUUAUGUUGGUGCUUUAGCUGUCGAAAGAGGAUUAAAUGUUCAAGAUAUUCAAGAUUGGUUAGAAAAAUUAUAUGAACCACAACUUAAUGUUUUCAGACGUAAAUAUCUUAAAACUCCUGUUGAUAGAGAUGCUAAAUCACAAUUGUAUGCAGUUAUUGGUAGAGCAGAUUUACGUCCAGUUUAUGAAAUUGUUGCAACUGGUGAUGGUAUAAAUACAGAUUUUGUUGUUGAUUGUAAAAUGAAUGGAGAAUUUUUAGGUCGUGGUAUUGCUCAAAACUCAAAAGAUGCAGGUUUAAAUGCAGCAGCAAAUGCUUUAGAAAAUACCUCAGUAUUAGAAAAAUAUGCAUUAGAAAGAGCAGAAAUUGAAAAACCAGUAAGAUUACAAAGAAAAGAAAGAAAUGAGUUAAAAAGAUUAGAAAAAUUAAAAAAAUUAGAAGAAUCAAAGAAUGGUAGUCAAGAUGGUGAAAAUGAAGAUGGUGAAAAUCAAGAUAAAGCUUCGGAAGAAGAAAAACCAUUUGUACCAGAUUCUCCAAUUCAUACUGAUUUAUUUCCAAUUGAAGUUUAUGAUGACAUUGAAUUAAAACCAGAUGCAAAAAAUAAAUUAUAUGCAUUAAUUGGUUCCAAGACAGGAACAAAACCAGAGUAUUUAGUUACUCAAAAUGAAUUUGGAAAAUUCACUAUUAAUUUAAAAAUUAGAGAUUUACUCAUUGGUACUUCUGUUGAUACUUCAAAAAAGAGAGCAAUGUCAAAAGUUGCAAAUGCAUUAAUGAAUGAUGAAGCAGCAUUAAAAGAAUUAUGUAAAAGAUUUUAG